UGGUGUGUUUCACUUUCACGUCGAAUGUGGUGCUCUUGCAUCUAUAUAAUCCGGCGAUCCAUUAAAUCUCCCCAUCAUCAAACUAACUCAACUCGACCACCCUCAAUCAUCAAUCGCUGUAGCGCUGAAUCCAAGCAAAUUUCACCGACACGGAGAAAGCCAAUAUGGCGCUACACACAGCAGCCGAUGACGCUGCUGUACUCUUUCGAUCCCUCGGUCUCUACCGGUCACCCCAGAUUUGCUUUAGCGACCGAACAGCAGCUGCACCUAAGACAACCGGCGAUAUCGGCCCCUCUCUCUUAAAGCUACCCAACGAACUCCUCUGUCAAAUUGCAGGACACCUCGUGUCAACAGAGAACAUCUGCAGGAAAGAUGGCUAUCGCGCCUUAUAUGAAAGGAAAAACAACCGAGACCUAGAGACGACGGACUUACUCCGAAUUCAUUUGUGGAGCAUCCAAGAUCUUCUCAACCUCGGCCUCACAUGCAAGCGGCUGGCACCUGUUGCGCAGGAUAUUCUCUACCGAGAUAUCUUCCUCCCAAAACCUCGGCGGAUGUCAGUACCUGGAGAUCGAGGCGCGUCGUCAUUGGUAUGCUUCUUACGUACCAUCAUGCGACGCCCCGAGCUAGGAGCUCACGUACGGUAUCUUGCAGUAUGGUUUAAGAAGGGCAAGCGAUUGCGCUCUUCCAAAACUGCAAAUGAUGACGCCGUUUGUUCCUGUGCAAGCUGUCUACAGAAGCUCACCGACCUCGUGGAUACCCUGCGCCUAUCAAGAGAAGCAAAGAUGUUGUGGCUAAAGGAUCUCACGCGUCCCACUGAAGCUACCAUUUGCAGUCUCAUUAUAGCUUCACUGCCAAAGCUCCAAGCUCUAGAGCUCCAUGCGAGGCCUCUGGCAGAUGAGAAGCAGGUCCGUAGACUAAAAUAUCGCUCAACAAAGAUCGAAACCAAGCAUGAUAACACGGAGGUUUUGCGUCUAAGUCAGGGCCUGGCUGCCACUCAAGUCAAGAGCUUAACGCUAUCAACCGGGCUGAACGGUCUAGCUGUCGCCCGCCAACCCAGCUUGACCUCACUCACGCUAGACUACACUGGCCCACACCAAUUCGUUUCCAUACGCAAGGGCUGUUUCCUUAACGUAACCAAUCUCAACAUCCGGUGUCGCCAAAACGAAUUCGAGUCAAUGGCCGGUCACGACCCCCACUACCGAUCCAGCUUCCGUGCAAAGCUAGAAAUUCUUCUGCGUGGGUUGCCUCGCAUUCGCGUGCUAGAGUUUGAGUCGGGCGCGGCUGCUUCGCAAUGCGAGAUUCCGCCUUCUGUGGAACUCAUUCGUUUUCGAGGGGCGGAGUGGGAUGCCUUGCAAUGGGUUCACUUCUACCUGCGGGAAAAAGAAGUCAGUGUGAUACCGAGGCGCAUUGAGUUGCACUGCAGUAAGAAAUCGAGGGAUGAGGUUAGAUGGAUGCAAUUUGAUAAGUGGGUGAGGAAUACGGGUGUCCAAGUCAUGAUUAUGUGGCGGGGGGAUAUUCAAGCGGUGUUUGAAUGAAGAUGGAGAUGUAAUGGUGUCUCGGUGCGGAUUUGGUCUGUUCUAUCUUUCCAUUGGGUUCUUUAGUUGCUUUGCCUUACGCGUGAGGCGUGUAGUGGCUGAAGUAGAAUGUGAGCAACACAAUAACCCACUCACCCACCCAAGCAUCUGGCGUAAUCUACCUAAAGUCUCGUAGCCCUAGAAUAGCCCUAGCGCCUCAGAUACCAGCCUCGUUCCUUCAACUACACGCCCGACUACUCUCCUAACUCUUCCU